AUGGCAGCGCCUGCUGCCUCGUUUCCUUCAAGUCUGUUUAACCCUGUUUCGGCAGGGAGUGAGGAGGAGAUGGUAGUGAGAUUUGAUAAUGAGGAUAUACAAGAAGGAGUAGAGAAAUGUUUGAAAAGUCUGGUUGGCAGAUUAUUGGCGGACAGAGAGUUUAGUUUUGAAACUCUGGAAGCAGCUCUUACAGCCAUCUGGAGACAACCAGAUGGAUUUAAGGUUUUGAACCAUGGAGGCAAUGUUUUUCAAUUCUUCUUUGAUAAAGAGAUAGAUUUGGUUAGAGUCGAAAAGGGAGCACCUUGCCUCUUUAAAAACUAUAUUUUGAACCUGAGAAGAUGGGAGGAAGACCUGCAGAUAAAGGAAGAAGCAUUCAUUCAUGUCCCUAUCUAG